AUGUGUUUCCCGAAACCAGUGUUUCAAAAAUCGUACGAUGCAAUUGUAAAGAGCAUUGUAACUGCUACGGACGCUGUCAAAUCUAAAUGUCUACAAAAAGCUGCUGAGGAGGAAAAACAGAUUUGUACAGAAAAAGUACAGCUUGAGGGUUUGACAGUGUCAGGGGACGGCUCCUGGAGAAAACGUGGCUUCAGUUCACUGUACGGAUUCGCAAGUUUAGUCGGAUGGUACUCCGGAAAAGUAAUUGAUAUUUGCGUGAAGUCAAAAUAUUGCAAGGAGUGUGAGCACUGGGGAAAAAAGAAAGACACUACCGAGUAUGAAGAAUGGCACGCUUUACACGAAGAGUACUGUAAUGCAAAUCACAAUGGGAGUGCAGGGAAAAUGGAGCCCGACGCUAUGGUGGAAAUGUUCUCUCGUUCCGAGUCUUUGUACAAUGUUCGGUAUGCGUACUACAUCGGAGAUGGCGACAGCAAAACGCAUAAGAGUAUUCAAGAUGCUAAGCCGUAUGGCGAUUUUCCCGUCAUAAAAAAGGAAUGUAUAGGUCAUGUACAAAAAAGGCUUGGAACAAGACUACGCAAUUUGAAAAAAGAAGUGAAAAAUCUUGGGGGCCGAGGGAAAUUAACUGGAAAAUUGAUAGACGAAUUGAGUGUGUACUACGGACUGGCUAUACGUCGAAAUACUGAUUCAGUAGAGAAUAUGCGCAAGGAAAUAUACGCUACAUUAAAUCACAAAAUUUCAACAGACGAAAAACCUCAGCACGAUAGAUGCCCCGCAGGAGCCGAUUCUUGGUGCUCUUGGCAAAGAGCGAAAGCCUCGCAAACUCUCGAGAUGUACACUCACAAACCAGCUAUGCCCCUCUUGGUUUUCAAUGCUGUACAAAAAAUCUACGAAGAUUUAACAAGAGAAGAACUCCUCUCCCGUUGCCUAGGAGGAUUUACGCAAAAUACAAACGAAAGUUUGAACUCUGUCGUUUGGUCGAUUGCACCGAAAGCGAUAUCUAGCGGCAAAGCAGUAGUUGAUAUUGCAACCAACGUAGCCGUCAUAACAUAUAAUGGCGGCUUUUCAUCACUGUUAGAUGUAGUAUCAACCCUCGAAUUGAAGAUUAGUCCCGAGUUGCAUAAUUACGCAAUGGAAAUCGACCAACAUCGUGUUCGAGCCGCCAACCGCUCAUCGUCGAUCAACCGAAAAAGCACUCGGAAGGAUCUUACGGCACUCAGGAAGGAGACUGACGAGCUAAAUUCGAAUGUAGAAGGACAGCUAUAUGGAGCUGGGAUAGCAGAGUAA